AUGGACUUGGAGAAAGAUCCGCUUCUCACACCGCAUCAAACUGACGAUAUGUCAGCUAAAGGUUUGCUCAACGAGGACCACAUCGAACUGCGUGUUGGCGAUGGAGCCGCCUCACAACGCCGAGGCAGGGUAGUCGGCAUGCUUUCUAAAGGGCUCAAGGGGUUGGCCAUCCUGCUGAUUGCUUUCUUGGCCGCUAAUGGAUUCUGGGCGCUCGUGCGGCCCGAGCUAUACGGUCACAAUGGCCUCUUCUCCUUCAAUGAUGGUAACGGUGGCGAUCAUGGCGGCCGCCAUGGUCAUCGUCACCACCAUCACCACCAUCACGAACACGGUCCUCCCCAUGGUCCUCCUCCCCAUGGUCCUCCUCCCCAUGGUCCUCCUCCUCAUGGUCCUCCGGGUGGACCUCCAGGUGGACCUCCCGGUCAUGGACCUGAGCACCCGCCUCCGCCUCCUCCUCACGGCCCGCCGUCGCACCCGCAUCCCCCUCCCCCGCCUCCUCCGCCCGGAAAGCCGGGACACCGACCCGGUGGCGAUCGACCCGGGCACCCCUUCCCACCUCCGCCUCCUCCCCAUCACCCUCCUCCUCCUCCUCCGCCUCCUCCCAGAGGGCCGGGUAAGGUGCAGGAGUGCUUCGACUUCAAGCCGGGCAAGACGCUCGAGAUCCGGUCGUCUCUCGACUGGUUCGGCCAAAGCGUUCAGGUGGCUCCGUCGUUUGCGGGCUCGAGCGUCACUUUCGUGUGGGAUGGACAGGUAGGUCCACCCGGCCGUCCUCGUGGUCCACACCGUGACCUGACUGAAAGCAAAGGAAAUGGUGAAAAGCCCAAGGAGCCUAAGGAGCCUAAGAAAGCCCUUGGCGACGUCGUGUAUACGGUGGAGGUGCCGUCCAAGGAGGAGUGGGAGGAUGCUGGCAUCUCUGCACUCGAGCUCAAGAUCUGCACCACUCGUCGACCGGAUGCGACGGGUCUGGACAUCUUUAACGCGAGCGGCAUCCCGCCCAGCCAUGCUCACAUCAACCCGGCUUUCGAACGCAUCGCGCCGCUCUUCAACACUACAGUUCAGCUUCCCAGCCACUACGCCCGCGCUCCCAUCCGCGCAGGAUUCUUCCCCUGA